GAGUCUGGGAUUCCUGAGUCCUACUCAGCCAGAGGGGAGGCGAAGGACGUGCUUACCCAGGAGCUGACUGACCUGCACUAAAGAUGAAGGCUCUGUGGGCUGCGUUGGUGGUUACGCUCCUGGCAGGAUGCCAGGCCAAUGUGGAGGAAGAGGUGAAGCUGAGACAGGAGCCAACCGAGUGGCAGCCCAACCAGCCCUGGGAGCAGGCACUGGGCCGCUUCUGGGAUUACCUGCGCUGGGUGCAGACCCUGUCUAACAAUGUUCAGGAGGAGCUGCUCAGCGCCCGGGUCACUGAGGAACUGACGAUGCUGAUGGAGGAGACCAUGAAAGAGGUGAAGGCCUACAGGAAGGAGCUGGAGGAGCAGCUGGGCCCCUUAGCCCAGGAGACAAAGGACCGGGUGACCAAGGAGCUGCAGGGGGCGCAGGCCCGGCUAGAGUCUGACAUGGAUGAUGUGCGCAACCGCCUGGCACAGUACCGCAGCGAGGCGCAGACCGUGCUGGGCCAGAGCGCCGACGACCUGCGGGGCCGUCUGGUCUCUCACCUGCGCAAGCUGCGCAAGCGGCUGCUCCGCGACGCGGAAGACCUGCAGAAGCGCCUGGCCAUCUACCAAGCCGCGGCCCGCGAGAGCACCCAGCGCGGGGUGGGCACCAUCCGUGAGCGCCUCCUGCCGCUAGUGGAGCAGGGGCGCUUGCGGGCCAUCACUGUCAGCCAGCCGCUGCAGGAGCGGGCUGAGGCCUGGGGCCAGCAGAUGCGUGAGCGGCUAGAAUCGUUGGGCAGCCGGGCCCGCGACCGCCUAGACGACAUGCGCGAUCAGAUGGAAGAGUUGAAGGCCAAGGUGGAGGAGCAAGCCAUACAGAUACGCCUAGAGGCCCAGGCCUUCCAGGAGCGCCUCAAGAGCUGGUUCCAACCCCUGGUGGAAGACAUGCAGAGCCAGUGGGCGGGGCUGAUGGAGAAGAUACAGUCCACCGUGGGCACCAGCCCCACUCCUAUGCCCAGUGAGAACCAGUGAGUGCCAGGCAUGCCACCUGGUGGGCCCCACUCCUGCCACCCUAUGCCCACUGCCUCCCCCAGCCUGCAGGAGGCCCUGUCCCUGACCCCGCUGUCCCCCUGGUAGGCCCUGGCUUAAUAAAGAUUCAGCAAACUUCACAGCA